AUGAAGUCACUCCAGUUUUGCUUCCUCUUCUGUUGCUGGAAAGCAAUCUGCUGCAGUGGCUGUGAGCUCACCAACAUCACCAUCACGGUGGAGAAAGAGGAAUGCCGCUUCUGCAUAAGCAUCAACACCACGUGGUGUGCAGGCUACUGCUACACCCGGGAUCUAGUAUACAAGGACCCAGCGAGACCCAAUAUCCAGAAAAUAUGUACCUUCAAGGAGCUGGUGUACGAGACAGUGAAAGUGCCUGGCUGUGCUCACCACGCAGACUCCCUGUAUACCUAUCCAGUGGCCACUGAAUGUCACUGUGGCAAGUGCGACAGCCACAGCACUGACUGCACUGUGCGCGGCCUCGGGCCCAAUUACUGCUCCUUCAAUGAAAUGAAGGAAUAA